AUGCUGGAGGCAGAUUUCGCUUGACUAUUGAUUUUCCUGUUGAAUUUCCGUUUCAACCACCCGAAAUUCGUUUUAUAACAUCGGUCUUUCACCCGAAUAUCAGUAUGACAGGCGAAAUCUGUUUGGAUAUCUUACAUUCUCAAUGGUCUCCGGCAUUAACUAUACGAGGUCUUCUAAUAUCAUUAUGUUCGCUAUUGACAGAUCCAAAUCCCGAACAUGGACUCAACAAAGAUGCUUUAAAGCUCUAUCGGACUGAUCAAGAAACAUUCAACAAAACAGCAAAAGAGUGGACAAGAAAAUAUGCUAUUGUAAAUAGCAAAUAA